UAUUUUUACCUCAAGGUCACGGAGUGUGUAGCAGGCUAUGUCGUCAUGGUGACGCAGUGCUCAUCGCCCCGCCCCUUCCACUCUAGCUGCAAUAACGGGGAGUAGCACAAGGGGGCGCAGAUCUCUCUCUACACUACUCUUGCCUUCUUGUCAUCCCGGCACCGCAUUCCUUUUAGCUCUCACCUCUCCUCCUCAGCUUCUCCUCCGGUCCUUCACAGUGUCUUGUUUCGGGGGUUUGUUUAGUUUCCCCACCCUUCUAGUUUUAGAGACACCAGGCUGAAAACGGUCGGCUGCAGUCGGCGUGUCGGAGGGCAUCAUCAGGAGUGAAGAAGACGUGAUUAGGGGCUUAAACACAACGGGACGCACGACACUACGGUACCCUUGGUCAAAGUGAAUGUGUGUACACACACGCUGAAACCUUACCGACUCUACGCAAGAUAUCCAGAGGACAUACCCCGAUACAAAAAACCCUCUCUAACACACAAUAAAGAGGUGUGGGCUGACAUAAAUGGCUGACAAACAGAUCAGUUUGCCUGCCAAGUUAAUAAAUGGGGGUAUCGCCGGCCUGAUUGGUGUCACCUGUGUAUUUCCCAUUGACUUGGCCAAGACCCGCUUACAGAACCAGCAGAAUGGCUCUCGUCUCUACACCAGCAUGUCAGAUUGCCUUAUCAAAACCAUUCGCUCUGAAGGAUACUUUGGGAUGUACAGAGGUGCCGCUGUGAACUUAACUCUCGUUACUCCAGAGAAAGCCAUAAAGCUGGCUGCCAAUGAUUUCUUUAGGCACCAUCUCUCCAAGGACGGGCAGAAGCUCACACUGUUUAGAGAAAUGCUGGCAGGCUGUGGUGCAGGUACAUGUCAGGUCAUUGUUACAACACCGAUGGAGAUGCUGAAAAUCCAGCUGCAAGACGCGGGAAGAAUUGCUGCUCAGAGAAAACUGAUGCCACAGGCCGUGUCUCCUGGUGGCCCUGUUGAGGUGAAGAGCCCGACUGCUAUGCAGCUCACACGAGAGUUGCUGAGAGAAAAAGGCAUUGCUGGACUCUAUAAAGGGCUAGGGGCCACUCUGCUCAGGGAUGUCCCUUUCUCGGUCAUCUACUUUCCUCUGUUUGCUAAUCUGAAUAACUUGGGGAAGAGAGGAGAGGACGGUCCUGCUCCCUUCUACGUCUCCUUCAUAUCAGGCUGCAUCGCUGGCAGUACAGCUGCUGUAGCUGUUAACCCUGUAGAUGUGAUAAAAACCCGAUUGCAGUCACUAACACGUGGUAAUCAGGAGGACACAUACAGCGGGGUGACUGACUGCAUCAGGAAGAUUCUGCGUAACGAAGGUCCCGCUGCUUUCCUGAAAGGUGCAUACUGCCGUGCUCUCGUCAUCGCGCCACUCUUCGGGAUUGCUCAGGUCGUCUACUUCCUGGGUGUUGGUGAAUUUAUCCUCAGCUUUUUACCCAAGCGGAACAAUUAACCGAUCGGUUCUGCUUUCUGCCUUCCCAUCUACACUGCACCAGUUAAGACCUCUUCCCUACUGCCUCCAACUCAAGUCAAUGUGUUGCCUGGAGGUGACUUUAUUUUUGUCUGUUUAUUUUAUUAUUGUGUAAUUUUACUGAAAUGUAUGUUUCAUUUUUGGAUGAAUGUGACAAUCAAAUUAUGAUGAGAAGAGAUUUGUUUUUUUGGAAUGUUUGCCAAAUUCCCUGAGGGGGCCUGUUAGUCCUCAGCUGAAGCACAGGCCAUGAAAUUCUUAAUCCAACAUGCCAAAGUUGUUGGUUACUUGUUUAUGGAGCAUCAUAUGAAAUCUCAACAAAAUAGUAAUUCUGUUUUUCAAUUUUACAAAGAUAAAAGUUUUCAGUUACAGGAUGAAAAACAACACUUAAAUUCUUGUCAUGACCUUUGGGUAGAUUUCCCAUUAUUAUUAUGAUAUGAAUUCCUUCAAGCCUAGAAUGUGUAUUUUUGGCCUUGAAUGACCUCGAGGCAUUAUUGGUGUAUAUGCACUUGAAAGUUUUGUGUACGUGUAUGUGUGUGAGAUGCAAUAGUCGUUUACUGUCUCAGAUGGACUGCAGGUCUGGAGUAAACACACACACACACACACACACACACUGAUGUUGAGCUUUGAGUCUUAUGAUAGCAGCACACACAGCGCAGAUGACUAAUAUCAGCUUGAGCCCUCUCACACUAUGACUUUCCAUCUGUGGAGAGAUAGUCCAUUAUGCACUACGUCAUGGAGAGCAGUGCUGUUUAAAUAAACUGAACGCACACUACGGCUGUGUCCUUAAGAGCUAAAAGUAGCAGUUUCCACUUGUACUUGUUUGUAAUCCUACUCCGCUUACCCGCUCCACUCUGGCUAAAACUAGCCCUUGCACUAAGAACCGUGACAGAAAACGUAAUUAUUGUGUCAUGCACAUGUGUGCAUUCACGGACUUCUUACAUACUCUGAGAGCAACUUUAAUGCAUUACAGCCCUCAGAUCAGUGCUGAUUAUAGUUCUCUGAGGCAUUUUACCUAGCAGCCCUUAUAUAACGCUAACAUUAAAAACAAUCCCCCUGAAAGCACAAACAUUGCCUAUGUGUAAUCACAGAUCCUGCUUGGUUUGGCAGCAGACUUGCUCUCAUGAGCUUGUGUUUAAAGUCUUAUUACAGCUGCUAGUGGGCUUUUGAGCAAAAGGAGAAUGUCAGUAAAAAUGUGCUGCAUGCUGAGCCGUCCCUUUUUUUUUAAACAAUAAAUGUGCACUGGUCUGUUCUUUGUAAUGUUAGUUAUUGCUAAUGUAAUUAGAUUACAUCUAAUUGAAUCACAUUUCGCUGCUCUUACAGUACAGGCUAGGGUCAUUUUACAUCUUUUACCCUGCAAACCAGAUCUCAUACAUUAGAUAUUAUAUUUUGUGAGUUGGUACAGACAUGUGGAAAUGUUAAAUAGUGCACGUAAUCCAUCGAUAAAUAUUUAUUUGGUCUAUGUGAAAUUCCUCAGCUGCAUUUUUCCAGGCAGGUGUAAGCUUUCUUAAAACUGACAAAUGACUAAAGCAUCUCUCAUACAAGAUCAUUUUAAAUACAGAAUCCAAUGCUGUGAUUUUAGAAUGGCUUUUUUUAAUCAGUAAGAGAUUGAUGAUGUAAUAUCAUUAAUAUCGUUUUUUUCCCUCAUAUCUUAUCCCCCCCAUGCAUUGCGUGCCCAUGGUGAGUUGUGGCCUCUUAUUGGCUAGUGAGAGAUGAAGGUGACUUUGAAGAGUGAUAGCUAAUCAUAUGAUGUCUUUUCAGUGCUGUGUAGUGAAAGGGCAAAAGCACAUGCUGAGUGAUGUUUCAAAAAAGAUUCUGUCUUAUCUGCUGGGAGUAAAAUGAUAUUUAUCAAAAGUAUAUAUCUAUAUAUAUAUAUGUGUGUGUGUGUGUGUGUGUGUGUGUUUUAUUGUUGCUCGUCUGUAUUAAUGGUUUAAUGAAUAUGUGCAGAUUAUAUUUUUGUUUUUGUUGUGUAGGUGAUGGCUUAUUUUGCACACUUCCCCUUAUCAUGCUCUCUUUUAAACUUUUACAUUUUUGUUUUAACAGUAAUUGUAUCCAGGAGCAUUAGGACCCAAAAAGCUGCCCCAUGAGAAAUUUACAUUAACUUAAAUUAACUGCCACAGUUGGUACAUUUCUUAAAGUCCAGAUGAAGUUCAAAAAUCUCCAACAAGUCAAAAUAAGUCAAGUAUAUAUGCAACGACAAGCAUUUAUAGUCAGAAACAAGGCGUCUAGGCUUUUACGUGACGCUCCCCUGCACAAAGAGAGCCUGUUUUAUGACUGCCAAACAAACCCUGACCAAAUCCCUACUCAAAAGACUUAUGCUCCUGAGGCCUGCCGCCAGCCUACCUCUCUAGAGAUUAGCUGUAUAGAAUUAGCAUGUGCGCUACAGGAAAAAGCCAUUUAAGCGGAGGUCUUUACUGCAGUGAAUUGGAACUGGGAAGGAGAAAUGGUUUUAUGGAAAUCUUUUUCUCAUCCUGGUUCACUGGUAUUGAUGAAGAGUUAGUUAUUUAAUACCACAAUGCAGUUAUUUAUUUACAGUAUAGUUUUUUUGGGGGGGUUAGACAGCCCAAAGUUUCGACAGCUGCAAAGAUGGGACACCAAAAGAUUGUUUACAUGGUUCUCCUUCUUGUUUAUUAUGCUGUGUCAUCUGUUUCUUUGCAGUUUGUGUUUUACACAUUUUUAUUUGAACAUGUUCAGUGUUCGGUCUCACUUUGAAGGCUUUGUGAAUGUGUCCCAGUGACACCUUGCUCUCCAUGUUUGCCUUGUGCUUCUUCUUCUUCUUUUUUUUCCAGCCGGAAUUUUAUUUGUCUUUUUCCUGCACAUUCCAAAUGCUCUUUUGUGAUAUUUAAUUCUUUACAUAACUGUGAUUAUUAUUUCUGUUAAUUUCUGUUCAAACUUUUUAACGUCAUGUGAUUACUGGUGUUUUUAUUCCUGAUUGUAAAAAGAGAUUUAUUUUUUAAAUCUCUCUAGUUGUAAUUGUGACGAUGUCUGAUUCAUCAGUUGUGAACUGACUGUAAAGUGAAACUUAAUAGUAUAUUCUGUGGGGUUGUGUGUGGCAGGUGUGGUGUGUGCGUUUAGGUGUGUGUGUGUAUGUGACUGUCACUUAUUGUGAUGUGCAAUUUAUAUUUUAUAUCCUAUAUAAUUUAUAUUCCUACUUUCCCUCAAUGAUUCCCUACAUUCUGUCCAUCAUUCCCUUUGCCCCGAAUAGAGAGGUGUAGGAGAUACACACCAAAAAGAUUUAUUUAUAAUCAUGAAGAAGCAAAAAAGCACAAAGAAAGAUCAGGCACAAGCUCUACACUUGCGUCCACACACGCACCCACCCACCCACACACACACAACCCUUUUGUUAAUGAGGAGUUCUCAACUGUACACUAGAGUUAAGAUCCUCUGAUACAGGGUGUUUAAUGAAUACAUAAAUACCUUAACUGUAGUGUGUUAUAACUUAGAUUGAAUUUGUGCUUUUUUAAUAGUUGCACAUUUCUAUAGUCUAUGUAUUGCGGUCCAUAACAUAUUUUAAACCUUAUAACAAAACCAGAGAAUAUACCUUUGAAUAUUAUGACCAAUGUUGAAGAUUCCAAUUUAGUAGGUUAGAUGCCAGUUCCCUAAGAUUCAAAUACAUAUAAUGUGAGUGUAAGUAAAAUAGAUAGACUAUAUAAUAACCAGCUUACUUAUAUGCAAUAAUAAUAAUAAUAAUAAAAAUGAGACACUAUAAACAGGAGGACUAACCUGUCAGAUCUCUGCAACAAUGUAAUGCAGCUUUUGUGGAUUCCGUUAUAGGCUGUAGAAGUAGCACAUCAAACUCCUAACUCCUUGUUUUCUUCCUCCAAGAGGAAUAGUGCAAAUAAACACUUUAAAACAAACAGCGCGCUUUCUCUAUUUUGUGUGAUGGGGAAAUUGCUUUAAAUGCAAAGGAUAUAAACCUUUUUAAAUCCUUGCUGUUUUCCAUAUACAACAUGGAUAGACAAUGUGUUGCAUUCUUGUGUCAGAGAUGAUUGUUCAAUAAAAUGGAUUUGUCAUGA